AUGUGUACUAAUGCCUUUGAUCUUCUCCACAUAGAUCUCUGGGGUCCGUUUUCAGUGCCUACUGUGGAAGGUUAUAAGCACUUUCUGACGAUUGUGGAUGAUCACACUAGAGUGACUUGGGUUUACCUGUUGAGAACAAAGGAUGAAGUCUUGAGAGUGUUUCCUGAUUUCCUGCAGAUGAUUGAGAAUCAGUAUGGUUGCAGAGUUAGAGGGGUUCAUUCUGACAAUGCACCAGAGUUGAAGUUUGUAGAUUUAUAUAAAGCUAAGGGAAUCAAGGCUUUUCACUCUUGCCCUGAAACCCCUGAGCAAAACUCAGUCGUCGAAAGGAAACAUCAGCACAUAUUGAAUGUUGCUCGUGCUCUCAUGUUUCAAGCGAAAGUUCCUUUGGAACAUUGGGGCGAUUGCGUUUUGACUGCUGUCUUUCUCAUCAAUCGUUUACCCACUCCUCUGUUGAAGAACAAGAGGCCGUUUGAUAUGUUAACCGGAAAGAAAGCAGAUUAUAAGGGCCUCCGUGUUUUUGGCUGCCUUGCUUUUUGUUCCACAUCUUCAAAAGGACGAAACAAGUUUCAGCCUCGAGCACGACCCUGCGUCUUUCUUGGUUACCCUUCUGGUUAUAAGGGCUACAAAUUAUUGGAUUUGGAGACCAAUAAAGUUCAUAUAUCCAGACACGUUGUUUUCCAUGAAGAAAUCUUUCCCUUUGCGAAAGAUGUACGUGAGCCCUUCCCUGACGUUUUUGAUUCCAUGCCAGAUUCUUCUACGUCUUCUAGUCCUCCUACUCUAGAUAAUGUCAUUCCUGCAGUCGAGAAUGAUGGUGUCGCUCCUGUGGUUGAGAAUGAUGUUCCUAGAGCAGAUAGUUCUACGGAGGAAUCUGUGCAUCGGAAUAAACGAGGUCAUGCGAAGCGCUCAUCCAAAGCUCCUGCUUAUCUUGAUGAUUACUGUUGCAAUAUGGAGAAAGCUGAGAUUCCGUAUCCUCUUGCCAACUAUCUCUCUUAUGCUGAGUUGUCUGAGGAUUACAAAGCCUACAUAUUCUCUGUUAACAUUCACUCUGAACCGAGCUCUUUUGCUCAAGCCAAGAAGUUUGAUGAAUGGCUUGCGGCUAUGAAUGAGGAACUCAUUGCUUUAGAGAAGACAGGAACUUGGGAAAUCUGCUCCCUUCCUGAUGAUAAGCAUGCUAUUGGUUGUCGCUGGGUUUACAAAACCAAACUGAAUGCUGAUGGAAGCCUUGAGCGUUACAAAGCUUGUUUGGUAGCUAAAGGCUACACGCAGCGAGAGGGCAUCGAUUUUGUUGAUACCUUUUCUCCAGUAGCCAAAAUGACGACUGUUAAGACUCUGCUUGCUGUUGCUGCUGCUAAAGGUUGGAGUCUUACGCAGCUUGAUAUUUCCAAUGCCUUUUUGAAUGGAGACCUUGACGAAGAGAUCUACAUGACUCUCUCUCCCGGUUACACUGCUAAGCCUGGUACAACCUUACCUCCUAAUGCUGUUUGUCGCUUAAAGAAGUCCUUAUAUGGUUUGAAGCAGGCUUCUCGACAAUGGUUUAUCAAGUUUAGCUCUGUUCUUCUGCGUUUGGGUUUCAAAAAGUCACAUGCAGAUCACACUCUUUUUGUGAAGCAUGAGGGAGACGUCUAUGUUGCUGUGUUAGUCUAUGUGGACGACAUUAUCAUCACAAGCAACAACGACCCAGCUGUGGACACUCUCAAGGUGAAUUUGACGGAAGCCUUUCGCCUGAGAGACUUAGGUCCACUUCGUUAUUUUCUUGGCCUUGAGAUCGCUCGUUCGGUUAAAGGAAUCUCUGUGUGCCAACGUAAAUACACUUUGGAGUUGCUGGAAGAGGCUGGUCUCACUGAUUGUAAGCCUUCGAGCAUUCCAAUGGAGCCUAGUAUUAAACUGGUUCAAGAUUCUGCAGAGCCAGUCAUUGAUGAUAUUGGUUUGUAUCGCAAAUUGGUUGGUAAGAUGAUGUAUUUGACGAUUACUCGUCCGGAUAUCACUUAUGCCGUCAACAAGCUUUGCCAAUUUGCCUCUGCUCCAAAGCAUUCUCACCUUCAAGCCGCUUUCAAAGUUUUGCGUUACUUGAAAGGAACCGUUGGACUUGGUUUGUUUUACUCUACUGAAUCAAAUCUCGUCCUCACCGGAUUCACUGAUGCUGACUGGCUAUCGUGUCCUGACACUUGUCGUUCUACUUCGGGUUACUGCAUGUUUCUUGGUAAUUCGCUCAUUUCUUGGAAGUCCAAGAAACAGCAGGUUGUCUCCAACUCGUCAGCUGAAUCUGAAUAUUGUGCGAUGGAGUUUGCGUCCCGGGAGGUUGUAUGGUUACGUACUUUGGUUGCUGAGUUUCUUGCUCCUCAGCCCAAACCGGUUCCUCUGUUUUGUGACUCAACGGCAGCGAUUCACAUUGCUAGUAAUCCCGUUUUCCACGAGAGAACUAAGCACAUUGAAGGGGAUUGCCAUCAAGUUCGUGAUCGUAUUUCUGCUGGAUUCAUCAAAACGAUUCAUGUCCGUACCGGCCAACAACUUGCCGAUAUUUUCACGAAGCCGUUGUUUCCGGCUCAGUUCAAUGCCUUACUGUCCAAGAUGGCUCUUAAGUCCAUAUAUGUGCCAUCUUGA